AUGGCAGAGACUGAGCCCAAAGUGCCGACCACCGACGUCGGGCCCAGCGCCUCGUUGACCGAUGAGGUCCCCCGUCCGCGUGGUUGGAUGUACCAGCGCAUCGGAAAGGGCAGAUUCAAUCUGGGCUGGUAUGCCUCACCCAAAUUUCAGCUCGGCAUGGUCGCCUUUGUGUGCUUUUUGUGUCCCGGCAUGUUCAAUGCCCUCAGUGGUCUGGGUGGUGGUGGCAAGGCCGAUGUCAAGUUGGCCGACGACAUGAACACUGCGCUAUACAGUACCUUUGCUGUGGUUGGGUUCUGCGCCGGCACCAUUGUCAAUCGCCUGGGUGUGCGCAUGGCCCUCUCAUUUGGAGGUAUCGGCUACUGUCUCUAUGCGAUCUCCCUGCUGGUUUCGGUCCACAAAUAUGUCCCCGGCUUCAAUAUCUUUGCGGGCGCCUUUCUGGGAGUGUGCGCCGGUCUGCUGUGGACUGCGCAGGGCACCAUUAUGAUGUCCUACCCUGCCGAACAGUCCAAGGGUCGGUACUUUGCUUGGUUCUGGGGUAUCUUCAACGUUGGUGCCUGCUUGGGUAGUCUGAUCCCCCUCGGACAAAAUCACAGUGUCAAGACCAACAGCACCGUCACGGACGGCACCUACAUCGCCUUUAUUGUGCUCAUGUUUGCAGGUGCUUGUCUGGCUCUGUUCAUCUGCGAUGCCGACAAGGUGGUUCGCCCGGACGGCUCCAAGGUCAUUUUGAUGAAGAGUCCUAGCUGGAAGACGGAGAUCUAUGGCCUGUGGGAGACCAUCAAGGCGGAACCAUUCAUCAUCCUGCUCUUCCCCAUGUUCUGGUCCUCCAACUGGUUCUACACCUACCAACAGAAUGCCAUCAACGGUGCCUACUUUGAUACUCGCACCAAGUCACUCAACGGCUUCUUGUACUGGUUCGCCCAGAUCGUUGCCGCCACCAUCAUCGGUCCCCUCUUGGAUUCCAACCGAGUGCGUCGUAGCAUGCGCGCCAAGAUUGCCUUUGGGGUGCUGUUCGUCCUGACGAUGGUCAUCUGGGGCGGCGGCUACGCCUGGCAGAAGCGUUACACCCGGGAGAGUGUCGGCAAGGAGGCCAUCAAGAACGGCACCUUUACGCCCUGGGACUGGACCACUCCCGGCUAUGUCGGCCCCAUGUUCUUGUACUUCUUCUAUGGCAUGUACGAUGCGAUCUGGCAAGGUGUUGUCUACUGGUUCAUGGGUGCUCUCGGUAACUCUGGUCGUCGUUUGGCCAAUUUGGCCGGCUUCUACAAGGGUCUCCAGUCUGCUGGCGCGGCCGUUAUGUGGUCUCUCGAUAGUAAGGAGACUCCCUACAUGAACGAACUGGCCUCCAAUUGGGGCAUCCUCGCCGGCUCCCUCGUGGUCGCACUCCCCGUGGUGCUGCUACGCAUUCGGGAUACCGUGCCGAUUGAGGAAGACCUCAAGGGUACCGACGAGACCAUCGAGGAUGUCCUUCCGGCCGAAGUCAUUGAUGAAAAACAUCAAAUUCACCGGGAAUCCUAA